ACCUGAGAACAGAGCACUCCCUUGUCCUGCUCAGUAUUUCCUAAGCAGGGGGAGGAGUCCUCGCUGGGGUAAAGAGGCUCGGCCGUGGGGAGGAUCCAGCACUCCAGGCCACGGCUUCAGGUCCUCCUCUGUGUCCAGCCGGCCCUCCUGCCAGAGUAGAGACAAUGCCACUCCUCCUGGCUCUAGGGUUCUUGGUGGCAGGGUUCUGUCCUGCUGUCCUCUGCCACCCAUGUGCCGUACCAGGUCCAGGGACUCUGGCCCAGAAGGGGUCAGAGAAAGACGCAACGCCCUCGAACAACCUGAGAUUAGCCUCCAGCAACGCCAACUUCACCUUCAGCCUCUACAAACAGUUGGCUUCCACGAAGCCCAGUGAGAACGUCGUCUUCUCCCCACUGAGCAUCUCGACUGCCCUGGUCUUCCUGUCCCUGGGGGCCCGCAACACCACGCUGACGGAGAUUCUCCAGGGCCUCAAGUUCGACCUCACAGAAACCUCCGAGGCAGAAAUCCACCAGGGCUUCCAGCAUCUCCUGCACGCCCUCAGCCGGCCCAGCGAGCAACUGCAGCUCAGCACGGGCAACGCCAUGUUCAUCCAGGACCAUAUGGAGGUGCUGACCAAGUUCAGUGAGGACACCCAGCGCCUGUAUGAGGCCCAGGCCCUCAUCACCAACUUCCAGAACCCGAAUGCCGCAGAGAAGAGCAUCAACGACUACGUGAAGAAGAAAACCCAGGGGAGAAUUGCAGAGCUGAUCAGGGAACCGAGCCCCCAGACCAUGAUGGUCCUGGUGAAUUACAUCUUCUUUAAAGCCAAGUGGAUGAGGCCCUUUGACCCCCGGGAUACCGUGGAGGGCGAGUUCUACCUGAGCACGGGGAAGCCGGUGAAGGUGCCCAUGAUGAGCGCGGAGGACCUGACCAUCCCCUACUUCCGGGAUGAGGAGCACUCCUGCACGGUGGUGGAGCUCAAGUACGAAGGCAACGCCAGCGCGCUCUUCAUCCUCCCCGAUGAGGGCAAGAUGGAGAAGGUGGAAGCCGUGUUGCUCCCAGAGACCCUGAAGAAGUGGAAAGACUCGCUGCAGAUGCGGUGGAUAGAUGAGCUCCAUCUGCCCAAGUUCUGCAUCUCAAGUGACUUCUCUCUGGAAAGCAUACUUCCCCAGCUGGGUAUUCGGGAAGUCUUCUCCAGGCUGGCUGACCUGUCAGGGAUUACAGGGAACAAGAACUUGAUGGUCUCUCAGGUGGUCCACAAGGCUCUGCUCGAUGUGACUGAGGAGGGGACAGAAGCAACUGCUUCCACUGGAGUCAAAGUUACCUUCCUGUCUGCAAAGCUGGGCCCAAAGACCAUUGUGAAUUUCAACAGGCCCUUUCUGAUGGCCAUCGUCCAUACAGACAGCAACGUCAACCUCUUUCUGAGCAAAGUCACCAACCCCAAGCAAAACUAGAGACCCCCCUUGAGCAGCGGAGCACCAAGAGUCAGGGAUGCAAGUCCAGGGCAUGGGCCUCCGGACAUAGCCUGGCGUGGGCGCAGUGCACCCAGAGAUGCCCAGCCUCGUCCGCUCCUCCUUGGGAAGGUAAUGGCACCUGCGUGUGUGGCUCCCACGUGCACAGAGAUCCUGUGGACCGUUCAGCCCGAGGCUCUGCGGUCUCCUGACAGCAAUAAACACCUCCUUGCCUGGA